AUGGCAGUGCUUGUGGUUUGUGCACUCCUGUGCCUGUCCGGUUGGGUCUCUCUCUACUUCCUCCUGUGUAACAUUAAUGGGUCCCGGAGUUGUGAGUGGAACUGUCGUCUUGUCACCCUGUUGCAUGGCAUCCUGGCAGUCUGUAUCACUGCAUACAUAGGCUAUGUGGAUGGACCCUGGCCUUUCACUGAUCCAGGUACCAAGAAUACUCCUCUACAGAUAACUGCCAUGAUGGUGAGUCUGGGCUACUUCAUUUUUGAUAUGGGCUGGUGUGUGUACUUCCGCACAGAAGGACCCGUUAUGCUGGCCCACCACACCAUGAGCAUCCUGGGAAUCCUGCUGACCCUGUGGUUGGGGGAGUCUGGCAUUGAGUCCUGUGCUGUACUCUUUGGCAGCGAAAUCACCAACCCCCUCCUGCAGGCACGCUGGUUCCUCAAACAGACAGGACAUUACGGGACGCUGCUGGGAGACGUUGUGGACGUCCUGUUUGUGCUGCUGUUUGUGGUGAUGCGAGUCUUCGUGGGAGGCACAAUGCUGUACUGUGAACUAAUCGCUCCAAGACCCAGAUUCUUCAUCAAGUGUGGGGGAGUGGCUAUGUACGCUCUGUCAUGGGUGUUCAUGGUGGACAUUGUUCGAUUUGCUCGUCGGAAGAGCAAAAGUUGGCACAAACAGCAGAGAGACCAACAAGGGGCGGUAGUAGCUAAUGGCCAUGAAAAGAAGUAUAACUGAUCAGCUUCUGUUUGUCUGAAGAAAAACUAUUUACAUUAAGUAUGUUUUUUGGACACACAAGAGAAAUAACAAGGAGAAUCAACUUUUUGUAUAUUAAACUGAGAUGUUAAAGGGGAUAGUUCAAGUAUAUAUCAAGGAAGGUCCUGUGAUAUGUAUCUAUAGAGUCCAACACCUGUGCAUUUUGAAAAAACACAUUUUUUAUGCAGAAAUUGCUGCUGAACAUGUUAGAUUGUUGUGUGAAAGGUGCAGAAUAAACAACAUAGAUUAAGUUUUUCACUGAAAACCAAAGCACUUUCUAUAAACACAUGAACAGAUGGUGAUUUCAGUUGCAGUGAACUGUGGCCUAGUGACUUGUUUUGGUGGAGGCUUACUAUUAAGAAAUAGACAGUUUACAUGUACAGCCCAUAGUCUUUGUGAGUCAUAUGAAAAAGCUAUUUUUGGUUUCUUAUCAGUCUUAGUUGGGGUUUUA